AUGUUAGAUUUAUCUCCUUUGGUCUCCACAUAUGGAUGGCCUUUAGAGGAACUCCAAAACCAUGAAGACGUAUCUUAUAAUAAUAAUAAUAGAGACAUAGAAAGUACUCCUGAGUCUCUAAUUGAUCAUCUUCCUCUUCCUCUUCCUCUUCCUCAUCAACCACCAUUAGAGCUUCUUGAUGCUUUCACAUCUUCAUAUGCCAAUACUGCUGCUGAACCCAACAAGGUCAUUAUUAAGAAGCUUAAUCACAAUGCCAGCGAACGCGAUCGUCGCAAGAAAGUUAACUGCUUGUAUUCAUUUCUCCGAUCACUUCUCCCCGGUGAGGAUCAAAUGAAGAAACUAAGCAUACCUGGGACAGUUUCUCGAGCGCUAAAGUACAUACCAGAAUUGCAACAACAAGUGGAGAGAUUGGUUAAAAAGAGAGAAGAGCUUUGGUCAAUCCAACAAGAUUAUGCAAUUCAUAAUCAAGAAAGCCAAGUAAUUAGAAGGCCUAAGAAGCUGGCUCUUUCAAGUCCAAGUACAGUUUCAGCCAAAAGGGUUAGCGAUGCAGCAGUUGCAGUUCAGAUUACCAAUUCAACAAUGCUGCAUGGUCAAGACUCCUCACUCUCUCAUAUCUUACAUGGCUUAGAACAGGAUGAUGGCCUCCUCUUGAUUAGUGCUAAUUCAUUUGUGUCUUCAGGAGGGAUCAUCUUCUAUAACUUACAUCUUCAGGUGGAAAGAAGUUAUAAUUUGGAGAGUGAGGUUUUAAGUAAGAAGAUUUUGUCAUUGCAGGAGAAGAGAGAAUACUUAUUUUCUUGA